GAAAUCAAAACAAACGACAAAAAUUCAAAACUUCAAAAUGUUUUUAUCUUCUCUCUUUGAAGAAAUUUUGUUACAGAUCAAAUUUUUGGCUUCAAAAGCAGUUCUAAAUUAUGUAGGGUGUCAAAUUGCAAAAGUAGUAAUAAUAAAUCUCAAAAAUAUUAAAGUGAUAUCAUAAAUAUUAUUAGCAAUGGAUUCUUUCAACUCCACUACAAGUGCUGAUUUUAACUGGCCAUUUCCGAAACCUAUAAUAGGAAAACCAUGUGAGCCUCCAACUCCAAAUGCCCCGCCGAGGACACGACCGGCGCCAGUGGCGCCAUAUUGCCACUGCGACGCACAUUCGUACUCGCCUCGAGUUGAGCAGUACAAACAAUUACUGGACAAAGAACAGAAGCUAUGUCAUGACUAUGAACAACUAAGGCAGCAGAUGGUGAGCGUGACCAAUGAUAUAUUGGACCAUCCUUGCGAUGACCUGGACAGCAAAAUGGAGACAAUGUAUCAAGCAACAUACAAAAAAAGAUCCUUUCCAGUCGCGGAAUACACAAAAGUAAUGGCUGCAACACAGUCCAACGCGCCUAUCCCUAUGGAGAGUCAUAGAUUAGGCAUGCUCAGAUGCUACAAAGAUCCAACCCACUUUUCCGAGCCGCCUCCAACCGUCAGACCGACCAUAGAGCCGCCUAGUCCAGUACACACCGGUGUCGCACCAAAGACAAUGAGAAUAUGGUUCGGGGAAUUCCCCGGUAGAACUGAAUAUAUGGACGAAUUUAGUGCAACAUCAAAAGCUAAUUGGCGAUCUAUGCAGAGAUACAAAGAACCUUUGCCUUCAACUAGACGAAGGGCCGAUGACAGAUGUGUAUAAUCUGUAUUGUGGUCUUGUACGUUCCAUUUUUUUAUGGAUAUUUGUUCAUUAUUUUUCAUCGAAAUACUUAAUCUGAAAGGCCAUUUAAUCAGCAUUAACAGCGAGAGAUUUUUUAUAUAUUGGUCACUUUUUAAGCAUUUUGGUGGCUUAUUUAACAAUGCCUUUAUCUUUAACCUCUUUAAAAAGUAAUGUUUUGUCUGAUGUAUCGUAAGUUUAAAAAAAUGCAACGCUAUUAAAAAAAUUGUAAAACAA